GAAUCCCACAGCUAUUCCAGGCUGGACGCUCUAGAACCAGAGGGGUCAGCUGCUCUUCCUGGAUAGCGUCUGCCUGCUCAAGCUCUGCAGCCCGCCUUGAGUCCGUGCUCCAGCCAUGAUGCGGUGGCGGGACCGCGUGGCCGUGCUCUUCUUCCCACAAGGCAUGAUUCUCACCAUGGCCGCGCUGAUGCUCUUCUUCAUACACCUGGCUGUCUUUGCCAGUGACGUGCACAACUUCUGGGUCACCUACCGCUACGACCGCAUGAGCUUCCGCUACACUGUUGUCCUGAUGUUCUCCCAGGUGAUCAGCAUCUGCUGGGCCGCCAUGGGGUCACUCUACGCUGAGAUGACAUAUGACAAUUCUCAACGGGGCCAUGUUCUUCAACCGCCUGUCCCUGGAGUUUCUCGCCAUCCAGUACCGGGAAGAGAGCCACUGAAGCCUGGGACCCGGGCUGAGAAGGGGGAAGGAAAAGGCUGCUUCGGGUGUUUUAAUAAAGUCUUAUCAUUUAUUUCCACCUGUUGGCUCCUUUUGGUCGGCAGGAAAAAUGGGGAGACGGGGGCGGGGGGGGAAGCUGGAGACCCAGGAGGAGCAGGUCAAAUGCUUGAUCCGCAGGGACCCCAGGCCUAG